AUGGCUUGGGGCUGGGGUGAAUCCGAGAACGCUCACCGUGACGUCCAGGAGGGCCGCCACGAGAGCCACCUCUCUCACGAGCUCAUUGCCGGUGCCGCGUCUUUCGCCGGUAUGAAGUCCUGGGAGGACCACCAGCGCAAGGAGGGCAAGCCCGUCAGCCACGCUUUCGCUAAGGAGGCCCUCGCCGGCCUUGUCGGCGCCGAGGUCGACAAGCUCGCCGAGACCAAGGGCAUGGACCAGGUCGACAAGAUCAAGGCCCACGAGCACGCCAAGAAGAAUGCGCACCAGAUGUAUGACGAGCACUACGUCCAGGGUCACGGUGCUGAUCAGUACGACCCUUCCCGCUAUGAGCGCCACGAGAGCUUCAGCCGCUGGUAA